AUGCUCCACGACUCUGUCGGAUGGUCUGGUUUAACCACCAAGUGGGUUUGCCCGUGGGAAGCAGUGUUCCUGGAAUCCAUAGAAGUCGCUGCCUCGGUCGGGCCCUCCUGCUGGCGCGUCGUGGCGGCCCCGCCUGCCUUUGCCCAGGCCCGGGACCGUCUCUCCGGGAGACCUGCUGUCUGGUCCCCGGUCUGCAGCCUGGUCUGCUCGGCAAGGCUGGAGGCUCACAGAGGAUCCGACGCAGCAUGGCUCAUCCUGGCCCUGCUUGCCCCAGAACCCCGGCUCUCAGCCCUGUACCCUGGAGCCAUGCCACCCCUUUUGGGGCCUGGCCUGGCUGCGCCCCCGACGGCCCCUGGCAGCAGGACCCACACACGGUGGGGACUCGGGGCAGGCGGCGGCUCGCUCGGCCGGAGUAUAGGUUGUGCCCACCCCCAGGUCAGAGCCUGCGCCGAGCCACGGGCUUCGCCUUUCUCUGACCUGCUGGCUGAGAGGGGCCCAUCUGCCAAGGGGUCCAGCUUGCCACCAGCCUGCCGGGGGGGCGGCCUCCCCACCGCCUUCGUGCAGGGACAGCCCCGGUCCGGGGCAGCGCAGUGGCUUGGGGUGACCCCUGUGCACGGCCGCGCUUGGGGCCUGCGGCGGGGCGGCGUUUCUGGGGCUGAGCCCCCUCUCCCCGAGAGCCUGGCCUCCACAGGACCCCCUCCAGCGGCUCCCGAUCGGGGGGCAUCCCCGAGUCCAGACCUGAGUGGGAGGCGGGAGGCUGCUCCUGUUACUGCCCUCUCUGCACUGUUUGAACCCUCCACGACCCGCUGGAGCCUGGUGGGCUCCGACGUACCUCGAGGAGGGGCCCUCGGGCUGCAGGAAGAGAAGCGGCUCGGGGCCGGGUGGACUCGGGCCCGGGUGAAGGGCGAGCGUGGCCGGGGUAUGCUGGGGCUGCGGCCGCCCAGCCUGCCCCGGAGCCAGCUGUGA